AAUGUACGACAUUUCUUAUUGUAAAGAUGUUUUACCGAAUCUGUGUCUGUCAUCUGCGAAUUAAAGAGUGUUUCGCACCAUCGGAUCCUAUGACCAUCGGAUCCAGUUAUCUGUGUUUCAGAUGCAAGUGAUGGCAUACGUCGUCACGUUAUUAUUUUUUUUUUCGAAACCCGAACACGAAGAGCAAACAAUACUGAGAUUACAUUAGAAACAAGAAAGUGCCGAUAAUAAUAAUCGACCGAUGGUAAUAAGUUUCCUAAUGGCUCUGAAAUUGGGAAAUUUUAUAAUUGUCGGUGCACUUUUUUUGUGGUCGAGAUGAUAUUGGCGAGUGCAGCACAAAGUGAGGCCCACGAUUGGUCCGCGUCGGAGUGGUGGGGGGCGGUCUAUAAUUGAAGCUCGCCGUGAAAAGGACCGGACACUUCUUAAGCUCUGCAGUCGAACCAACUCAUAGCUAAGUGCUUUGUUUUGUGGAUACUAGAAUAUUGGAUUAUUUAACACAAAUUUAAUUGAUUUUAUUGCUUUGAUACAAGACGAUGAGAGGUGGUGGUAUGGACGUGUCUUCUUCAUAUGUUCAAGGAAGUCAUCCGUACCCAAUGAUAGCAUCUGCUGGAUAUAGCAACGCGCAUAUGAUGAUGCCAAAUUCUCCGUCGCAAGCCUGGCAACCACAUCUUAUACCGAAACAAGAACCUAUGGACGAAGACCGUAACGAUUCUGGAUUUAAUUCGUCCCCAGGAAGCGAUCGAAGCCAAGAACAGGUUCACCCGCCUUUCUACUCUCAGAUGCCUAAAUACGCCUACAACAUGAGCUUCCCUAUAUCUUCAUCGCCAAAUCCCGAGCAUCAAAAUAUGUUACAAAAUGCUCCCAACAUGGUGAUGACACCGCAGCCCAGUCCAACUUCGUCGUCUUCAUCAGGAGAACCGAAGACUCCGAACUCCGCGGAAGAACCCAAUCAGGAUCAUUUGAGUAAAUUGGAACGUGCUAUGGAGAAGAACAAUUUCAUGUCUCCGAAGAGCCUCAAUAUGACAGAAAAUGAACCUGUCGAUGACCUGGAGGAAGAUAUCAAAACACCGAAAAUGAAUUCCCACGGAAAGGUCAAGAAAUACAAAUGCAAGCAAUGCGAUUUCGUUGCUACCACAAAGUUGAGCUUCUGGACGCACAGUGGCGAGCACAUUAAAAGUGAUAGACGCCUCGAGUGCACCAAGUGUCCAUUCGUUACCGAAUACAAACAUCACCUGGAGUAUCACAUGAGGAACCAUACCGGAUCGAAGCCUUUCAAGUGCAACGAAUGCGACUAUUCAUGUGUCAACAAAUCAAUGCUGAACUCGCACAAGAAGUCGCAUUCGAAUGUGUACCAAUACAGAUGCGCCGAUUGUAAUUACGUAUCCAAAUACUGUCAUUCUCUCAAGCUGCAUCUGAGAAAGUAUCUUCAUCAACCCGCUAUGGUGCUGAACGCUGACGGAACACCAAAUCCUCUUCCGAUAAUCGAUGUUUACGGAACGCGUCGUGGUCCGAAGCAAAAGACAUCAAUGAUGCCGACUAUGAUGGAGCCGCAAUUACAACAUCAAAUAAAUAAUAAUAAUCAGCAAGUCAGUCCACAACAACAGAAUCUACCAAGUACGCCCAUAAUGAACGGAUUCGGCCAGCAAAUUAUUCCAUUCCCAUACCCAUUCAUUCCUCCGACAUUCAACAAUUUGUUCACGAAGCUACCUCCGCAAAUGGCUGAACAGUCAUCAGUGGAUGAUGUGGACGAGGAGGAUAUUAAAGAGGAUGAUGAAAAGAUGGAAGAACAGCAGCAAAUCAAAUCGAAUCCGUUAAAAAUAUUGGACUUGAGCAAACAAAUUUCUACAACGAAGAACCGCAGGAAAGGUAAAGCUUUCAAGCUGGACCGCGCGGCUCUUCAGCAUUACAACGGACAGAGCGAUAGCGAGGAAGUCCCGGAACCAGUUGCUCCUGCAGUGGUGGUACCCAAUCCACCCAAGGAAGUUGAAAGAGUGCAACCGCAGCCACAACCGGAGGAAGACCUCAGAUGCAAAUUCUGCCUGAUGUCCUUCGGUGAUGCCGUCCUUCACACCAUGCACAUGGGAUAUCACGGAUUCAAGGAUCCGUUCACCUGUAACAUGUGCGGAGACCAAUGCAACGACAGGUUAUCAUUCAACAACCACAUUGCCAGGAAGCAGCACGCGUAAGAAGACGUCUCUGUCCAAACAGAAGCAUUUCCUUACGAUUACUCGUUUUCGUUCCGGAUUCCCUCACGAAAUAUUCGCCCAUCCGCAUUUCUGUUCGAAUAUCUCGCGCGAAUAUCCGCAGCGGCAAGUUAAUUAUGUAAGUAUUCAUACAGAAAGCUAGUCAAAGAACAGAAAUGAUAGUAGUGCAAUUAUUUUAUAAAAAAAAAAAGAAAUUGUUUGUUUGUAAAAGAAACAUAUUUAUUUAUU